AAAAAUCUAAUUAUAAAAAUAAUUCAAUACCAAUAAACACAAUUAGAAACGUUAUGACGCGUGCGAUGAUUUAUCACUCCAGAUCAGCGUCAUCAGAGGUACGGAUAGCUGACUAUAUAGACUGUGAGAAGAGAGCAAGACAUAUGUUGUUUUAGAGAAGGAAAGUGUAUGAUAACCAUUUUUAUCUAGGAACAUAAUCGACUUUUAUACGCUCCUAAGUGCGCCUAUUUACACACAAUCACGGGCCUGGAAGAGAAUAAUGUACAAAUGCGAGAUAUGCCACGGGAGGUUCAGUAGACCAGAGAAUAUGAUGAGGCAUAAACGGAAUUCCCACAGGUCUGGCGAUCUUCACCCUUAUUUGUGUUCUUGUGGUCGGAGCUACACACGUUCAGAUAUUCUCCUGAGGCAUCAACGUGGAUGCGAAGUGCACAACAAUGGUGGUAAACCCUUGCCAGGUGUCACUACCGCCAACUUAAAGAAGCGCGGACGUAAGCCUAAAGCCGUACACCAACCGUCACAUUCUGCUCCACCGGACGUGACUGAUCCAAGUUAUCUCGCAGGUGUAGCGGCAGCAGCUACUCAGCAGCAACAACAGCAACAACAACAAGGUGUGGCAUUGGAAGAUUGGGGGACUGUCGCUUCAUUUGAUUCAGAUCCGGGUCUUGAUUCAGCAUAUUGGAAUUGCCCAUUAUAUUCCAAUUCAAGUACUCCUGGUACAGAAUUUGACGCUUAUCCGGGUAUACCACUAUAUGAAAAUGGUAACCACUCAAAUCAACAAAUACCACAAGAGAAUACAUCAAGCAGUGACUGGAAUAACUUUUUUCAGCAACAUAAUCAACAACAGCAAUACCAUCAACAGCAACAACAAACUAAUGAAUCAUUCUCUGCCUGGUUAGACGCGCUGAGUUGUUCAUAUAUACAACCAUCUGCAAUAUUGCAUUAAUAGAAAGCUGGACUUUAAUCCGAAUUUUUAACAAUAGGACAAUCAGACAAGGACAAUUUUAUUUCUUUUAUUUCUCUUUUUUUGGAAAUCUCUAAC